AAAAAGGCAAAUAAAGUAGUACUCCAGUGAUUGCAUUUCAGUGAAGUUGUAGUCACCGUAUUAUACACUUAGUGUUGACCUCUUGCUCAUCCUGCACACAGCAAAUUGGAUUCAUUGCCACACUUUGAUGGCGGUUUCAAGUGAAACUCAGCUUGAUGGCAAACCAUCUGGCCCUCCCAACUUGAGAAGCCUCACUUGGAGGGACCUUAUUAAUUCUAGUUGGAAGGAUACAAAUUAUAAACGAGUUGCCAUGGCUAGCCUUGUUCGUGCAGUUUACAUGCUUGAACUUGAUAGACAGGAGAACAGAACACAAGAAAAUGCUCUUGCUCCAAGUUGGUGGAUUCCCUUCAAGUACAAGCUCACACAAAUAUUGAUUGAUGAAAGAGAUGAAUCCAUUUUUGGUGCAAUAUUUGAAUGGGAUCGAUCUGCAGCAUUGGCUGACUUUCUACCAAUUAGACCAAAGGGUGCCCCUAAAGCUGUUUUGGCACUCAGAGGAACAUUACUCAGGAGCGCUACAAGGCAAAGAGAUAUUGAAGAUGACAUCCGUUUUGCUGCUUGGGAAAGCUUGAAGGGAUCUUUCAGGUUCAAAGUAACUUUGGAGGCAUUACAAUCAGUUUCUGGUGCAUAUGGAAGCAGAAAUGUAUGCAUUGCAGGGCAUUCCUUGGGGGCUGGAUUUGGUCUUCAAGUGGGAAAGGAACUAGCAAAGGAAGGAAUUAAUGUGGAGGCACAUCUAUUUAAUCCACCUUCUGUUUCAUUAGCCAUGAAUAUUGAAUAUAUUGAAGAAAAGGCUGGAUAUGUCUGGAAUGGACUUAAAUCUAUGAUUACUUCAGGUAGUGAAGCUCAAGUCAGCAAUGAUGGAGACAAGACUCAUGGUAUAAGAUUGAAGCAAGUGAUACAAGGAAUACUGGAUGCUGGUUUUGGUGUGGGAAAUAGGGUUCCUCAUUUGUAUAUUAAUAGCAGUGACUAUAUCAGUUGCUUUUAUUUUUAUGCUGAUGGAACAAGAGAGAUCACUGAGGAGGAAAAUAUGGGUCCUGCAUAUGGGAAAAACUCAGCAAAGUUGUUUGUUGUCUCUAAGGAAAACCAGGAAUUUCUUGAGGCACAUAGCCUGAAACAAUGGUGGUCAAGUGAUGCGGAACUUGAUCAGGAUACUCAUAAUAGCAAACUCAUAAGCAAGCAACUUAGGUCUUUGAACAUUGCUACACCUUCACUAGUAUUUUUUUUACUUUAUCCACACAUUGUUUCAUUUGCCAUGAGUCACAGUAACAUUAGAGAAACGACUGGUUUUGUCUGGAAUAUACUAAAAUCUAUGCCUCUUUCAAUUGGAAAAGCUCAAGUCAGCAAUGAUGGAGACAAUACUUCAAGUGUUGGUUUGAAGGGUUGGAUACCUCAGUUAUCUGGCUUGAAGGAUGCUGGCUUUUGGGUGAGGAAAUGUGUUUCUUAUCUGUAUGAUUACAAGAAUGAUGGCAUGGGAAAAAGGAUGGUUGACAAAGAGAAUAAGGUUCCUAUAAAUGAGCAAAACUUGUUUGUUGUGUCUAAGGAAAAACAGAAAUUCUUUGCAGCUCGUGGCCUGGAACAAUGGUGGCCAAGUGAAGCAGAACUUGUGCAAGUAAUCCAUAAUAGGAAACACAUUAGCUGGCAGCUUAGAUAUUUAUACACCAGUACACAUUGGGAAGCAACACAUUUAUUAAGUCCACCUUUUGUGUCACUUGCCAUGAGUCUCAGUAAUAUUGGAGAAAGGGAAGAGUUUGUCUGGAAAUGGAAUAGUCUUAAAUCUAUGCUUCCUUCAAGUAGUGAAACUCAAGGGACCGUAAGCAAUGAUAGACACAAGACUUCAGAUGCAGGAUUAAAGAGUUGGAUACCUCAAUUAUCUGGCUUGAAGGAUGCUAGUUUUGUUUUGAGAAAAUGGGUUCCUCAUAUGUAUAGUAACAAUACCGACUAUAUCAGCAGUCAACUUCAAUCUUUGUACUCUUCAACACCUUCUCAAGUAUCACGCCUAUUUAGUAAUCUACCAUCUGUUUUACCAGACAUGAGUCUCAGAAAUACUAGAGAGAAGGCAGAGUUUGUCUGUGAAAGUCAAGUCAGCAAUGAUAAGACUUCAGGUACUGGUCUGAAGAGUUGGAUACCUCAAUUAUCUAGCUUGAAGGAUGCCGGUUUUGGAGCGAGCAAAUGGAUUUCUCAAGUGUAUGCUCACGAGAGUAACGGCACAACAGAGAAUAUAGGUCCUUCUCUGGAAAAGAAUGAAGCCUAAGGGGUGGAAACAUUGUUGCUAGGGAAUAGCAUUUGGGCCUUUUGAAUCUACUAGAUAUAUGAAAGCAUGAUGUUAUCCAAUAUUAUCUCAAGAGUUUGUAAAAAUAAAGUUUUGCCGGGUAACAAUAUUUUCUUUGACUAAACAGUGCUGAAAUUCCAGGUUAACUUGAUACUAAUUCAUUUAAAUGCAUGGCAGGUUGAUCAAACUAAUUCUUAAGACAAAAAAGUGUAUU